AUGUCGUUAUCUGAAGAAGAAUUUGUAUCACCACCAACGUCUCCUUCACUUGAGAUUUCACGUGUUUCGGUAAAAAUUCCACCAUUUUGGAAGACUAAUCCAAAAUUGUGGUUUAGUCAAAUAGAAAGUCAUUUUUUUAAUUCCGGUAUUUCUCAAGAUGCCACGAAAUACCAUGCACUAGUUGGGUCCGUUGAAAGUGAUAUCCUUAACGCAGUAAGCCACAUAAUUGAAAAUCCUCCAACUCAAAAUAUGUAUGGUACUCUCAAGUCCGCCUUACUUAAUGAAUUUCAAGAUUCCGAGGAAAAGCGGCUGCAGAAAUUGUUAGAAAAUAUUCAAUUGGGUGAUAAACGUCCCUCUACACUAUUGCGUGAAAUGCGGCAACUAUUAUCAGGUAAGAUGUCAGACGAUAUGCUGAAAUCUUUAUGGUUUCAACGUUUGCCAGCAACUUUAAAAGCGGUGUUAUCAAUAAGUUCGGAUAGUUUAGAUAAACUGGCGUUCAUGGCUGACAAAAUAAACGAUCAGCUAGAUUCUUCCUCGCUUUGUCAAGUUAGUACGCCUAUCCAAACUCCAUUUGAACAAUUAGAAAAGCAAAUAAGUGAACUUAUUCAACAAAGGUAA